GGCUGUAGUACAUCUUGAUCUACUAUUCAUGCCGCUUGGGGAUCAGGGCUAUAACUACAUCUUCGAUGCGCGCGAUAACCUGUCUGGCUUCGUAGACGGCCGUGCUAUUCGUUCGAAGACUGGGCUAACCUUUCGUCAGGGAAUUCAUAAUGGACAGGGGAUCGGAGUUUACCUGCCAGGAGGUGCAGGAGUUGCUAUCAAGAGGAGUCAGAGGCAGAGGGACCCUGAGCCUAGGGAGGUGAGACCAUCUCGAGGAGGACGGAAGGCCCUGGCUAGGAGAGACGAGGAACCGAAACCGGAACCAGAGGCUGAGGAGCGAGGAGCAUACCCUGAGUAUGGGUUGGGACCAGUGAAGUUCCAUCGGUUUACCGAGGGUGGAUUGAGGAGGUCGUCAGCACGCACGCAAGAGGAGCCGYCUGCGUCUGAGGGGCCUUUGAGGGAGUUGGAGACACAUUUGGAUGUCUCUCGAUGGAGAGCGUCGCCUGGGGGUGAGGAGCAGAGAGAGCAGGCAGAGGAGGCGCCACGAGAGGAGGUGCCACGAGAGGAAGUGCCACGAGAGAAGGCGCCACGAGAGGAGGUGUCACGAGAGGAGGUGCCACGAGAGGAGGUACCACGAGAGGAGAUGCCACGGGAGGAGGUUCGGGAUACUCAGCGAGAGAGAGGGCUAGGCGAUGAGGGGAGACGUGCAGGGAAGGAAGUGAUAGAGGUUGGAGAGGACACGCCCCCUCAGACGCCAGCAGUGGGAUUGAGACUUGGAGAUGCACCUGGGAGCACGCGCCAGGCAGGAGAGGAGUUGCAGAGAGAAGAGGCCCCAUUGCCUUCAUCAGGAAAGGCUCAUUCGUCAGAGAGGAGGGCAGAAAGGAGGAGAGAGAGGGAAGUUGUAAGGAGAGAAGCCUUGACUCUGAUUGAUAGACACCUAGCAGCUCAUGCCCUGGAGCACCCAGACCUAGAGGAGCCAGCACCUGUARAGCCAUGCCAGGAGUCGUGCCAGCCCGAGAAGGAGGUGGAGGCAGAGAUCCCGAAGAGGAUCGACCUCCGCACGAGGGAAAGGGUGCCAGCUGGAGAGACAGUUGAAGGAAAGAGGGCGAGGAGAUCUAGGAGGAUAGAAGAGAUAUGGCAAGAAAGGCAGAGGUUGGAGGCGGAUGUGGGCACUCGCAGAGCAGCAGCAGGAAAGACAGAGUGUGGAGGCAGCAGGGGCACUCCCGGGUCAGCCACCCAGCGCGUCAGCCAAGGCCCUGGAAAUCCCAGAGAUGUGGAGGGACUUCUGGGAGCAGAGAGGAGAGGAGCUUCCUUCGCCAACCAGAGCCGGGUUUGGGGUAGCGACGAAGGCGGAAGAAAGGUUCGAUCGCAAAAUCAAGUUCCUGCCCAAGGCAACUUUAGACCGGCACUUGCUAUUGGAGAGCGAUCUGGCAGGGAAGAAGAUGAAGGAAGCGGGCCAUGGAGUACGCAUGRAGGCUAUGGAGGUGGAAAUCUAGGAACUCAGGGCAUUGGUGCCCAGCCAGGCAGCUAUCAUCGAGAGUCUGAGGCAGCAAACUUAGGGAAAGGUGGACAGGCCAGAGAGCAGGGAGAGUCAGGCAGCCAGGACACGGGUUGCCAGGACAACCAACGGCAGCAGAGCCUCGCYAGGAGCCUCCUAUGGGAAGAGUUAUCCUGGAACUAGAGGAGGCGAGAGCCCAGAGGGAGGUAGAGAUAGAGGCCUUCGAGCUCARAGCCCCU